AUGUGUCUUUUUCGCGGGGAGGGCAACCAAGACGCGUCGCUGUCCUCGUCGGAGGCGCCGCCGACAUCGGAGUCGAUGCUGGAGGAGUCGCCGUCGCUGAAUGCGGACGGUUUUGGGGUUGGCUGGUACCACAAGCGGGGCGGCGCAAUCUUCCGGUCGGUGACGGCCGCGUGGAACAACAGCAACCUGCGGGAGCUCUCCGAGUCCAUCGAGUCACGCUGCAUCUUUGCGCACGUGCGCCGUCUGCUCUUCCAGCACAACGGACACGUCGAGGGCUUUGACCGCAUCAAGCGGCGAGUGUUCGCUGCGAUGCGCGAUGACGUGUACCACUGGGUGCAGGGCACUACCGACUCGGAGGCGUGCUUUGCCCUCAUCCUCUCCCUCAUCGAGCCAGAGCUGCUUGCCGGUGGCGAGUGCGUGCCAGUGGCCGCGGCCGACGAGAUCGCCUCCCUGGCGAGCGGGCCGCUGAACCUCGACGGACAAAAGAAGAUCGUAAAGACGCUGCUGGCCAACAAGUGCGCAGCCGGGCCGCUCUUCUUGCUGAGGAAGCUGUCGGCGAUGGACUCACAGCACCCAUUCAGUCUGGUCAGGCAGCUCAAGGUGGGGGACGGCAAGGGCACCGGAGGGAUGAUCAUCCAGCAGUUGUGCAACGAUGCGCUCUCCACAAAGGGUGGAACCGCCCGCCACUGGGGCGAGCUCAUCAGUGCCGCCGACGCCACAAAGUUCAUCAAGGGAAACCUGGAGUGUGUCAAGAGCGCAAGCGGCUUCGACUUCUGGGAGCUCCUGGCACCGUCCAUCAGCAAGCAAGACGGAAUCCUGGCCGUCUCCAACGCCUCGACAGGCAAGACUGGCGACAGCCGUUGGGUCUUCCUCAACGCGAGGCCACUUGAGCUCAUGCUCACGCCACUGUGGGACCUCUUCAAGCUGCUCGGGUACAGCAAGACCAGUACAGGAUGCUUCUACGCUACCUUCAAGAACGUCAUCUCGCGAACAAAGGUGAUCGGCGACCUGCCGCCGGAGGACGCGAGGACCGAAGGGGUAAAGAAACUCCACGUUGAGGCGUGCACAGAGAUCUUCCUGUGCUUCGCGAACGAGUACCGAGCCAUGCUUGACCUGCAGCUGAGCGUCGCGGUCGCCAACGGGAGACCAUCCACCUUCUACAACGCGAGCAGCACCGCGGGACAGCUAUGGGCGAAGGUAGCCGCCACGCUGUGCAACGAAUGCGGCGUGGAGGCCGACAACGGAGCCAUCGACCCGAGCGACGGCAUGUACUACUGCGCCACUUGCUGGGACGCCUACAGCUUCCUGCAAGCACGCUCCGCCGCCGACGCAAACGCCGCACGAAACCAGAGGGACGUGGCGACGCUGCGGAAGAUUUUCCCCGGCCACUGCGCGUACCACCUGUACUACCACCACGUGCGCGGCCGUACUGGCUGCAUGCGGGCGAACUGCGAGCUGCUGCACGAGCGCCCAGACGACCUCGAUGCGGCCCUCACAAGGCUGGAGUGGGAGACGGCUCGCGAAGAGUGA